AUGAAGUACAUUCUAGUUACUGGUGGUGUUAUAUCAGGAAUUGGAAAAGGAAUCAUCGCCAGCAGUGUGGGCACAAUACUGAAGUCAUGUGGUUUACAUGUAACUUCGAUUAAAAUUGACCCAUACAUUAACAUCGAUGCAGGGACAUUCUCUCCUUAUGAGCAUGGUGAGGUUUUUGUACUGGAUGAUGGUGGAGAAGUUGACCUUGACCUGGGUAACUAUGAGCGUUUCCUUGACAUCCGCCUCACCAAGGACAAUAAUCUGACCACUGGAAAGAUAUACCAAUAUGUCAUUAACAAGGAACGCAAAGGUGAUUACUUGGGAAAAACUGUCCAAGUUGUUCCUCAUAUCACAGAUGCAAUCCAGGAGUGGGUAAUGAGACAGGCGUUAAUACCUGUGGAUGAAGACGGCCUGGAACCUCAAGUGUGUGUUAUCGAGCUCGGUGGAACAGUGGGAGAUAUAGAAAGCAUGCCCUUUAUUGAGGCCUUCCGUCAGUUCCAAUUCAAGGUCAAAAGAGAGAACUUCUGUAAUAUUCACGUCAGCCUAGUUCCUCAGCCAAGUUCAACAGGGGAACAGAAGACUAAGCCUACCCAGAAUAGUGUUCGGGAACUCAGAGGCCUUGGGCUUUCCCCAGAUCUGGUUGUGUGCAGGUGUGCAAAUCCUCUUGACACAUCAGUGAAAGAGAAAAUAUCUAUGUUCUGCCAUGUUGAACCUGAACAAGUGAUCUGUGUCCAUGAUGUCUCGUCCAUCUACCGAGUACCCUUGUUAUUAGAGGAGCAGGGGGUUGUAGAUUAUUUUCUUCGAAGACUUGACCUUCCUAUCGAGAGGCAGCCACGGAGAAUGCUGAUGAAGUGGAAAGAGAUGGCUGACAGAUAUGAUCGCUUGCUGGAGACCUGCUCUAUUGCCCUUGUGGGCAAGUAUACUAAGUUCUCAGACUCCUAUGCCUCCGUCAUUAAAGCCCUGGAGCAUUCCGCCCUGGCCAUCAACCACAAGCUGGACAUCAAGUACAUCGAUUCCACGGACUUGGAGCCGAGCACCCUGCAGGAGGAGCCCGUGCGCUACCACGAGGCCUGGCAGAAGCUCUGCAGCGCUCAUGGAGUGCUGGUUCCGGGCGGAUUUGGUGUUCGAGGGACGGAAGGAAAAAUCCACGCUAUCUCCUGGGCUCGGAAGCAAAAGAAGCCUUUUCUGGGCGUGUGCUUAGGCAUGCAGUUGGCAGUGGUUGAAUUUUCAAGAAAUGUGCUGGGAUGGGAAGAUGCCAAUUCUACAGAGUUUAACCCCAAUACCAGCCAUCCUGUGGUCAUAGACAUGCCAGAGCACAAUCCUGGGCAGAUGGGCGGCACCAUGCGGCUGGGCAAGAGGAGAACCCUGUUUCAGACUAAGAACUCCGUCAUGAGGAAGCUCUACGGAGAUUCAGAUUACCUGGAAGAGAGGCACCGCCACAGAUUCGAGGUGAAUCCAGUCUUGAAAAAGUGUUUGGAGGAGCAAGGCCUAAAGUUUGUUGGCCAAGACGUUGGCGGAGAGAGAAUGGAAAUUGUGGAGUUGGAAGAUCAUCCCUUUUUUGUUGGCGUGCAGUACCACCCUGAGUUCCUGUCCAGGCCUAUCAAGCCGUCCCCGCCGUACUUUGGCCUCCUGCUGGCCUCCGUGGGGAGGCUCCCGCAUUACCUCCAGAAGGGCUGCAGGCUCUCGCCCAGGGACACCUACAGUGACAGGAGCGGAAGCAGCUCCCCUGACUCCGAGAUCACCGAACUGAAGUUUCCCUCAAUAAAUCAUGACUGA